CUGAAAAAGGCUUCUCUCUCUCUCUCUCUCACACAUUUCCGACGCUUUAGAGAUUUUCGAAACGAAGAUAGAUCGAUGGAGUAUAUCUUUUUCUAGAGCUUUUAAGAUGAAAGAAUCCAAGGUUUUUACAUUACCAUGUAGAUAGAUAGAUAGAAAGACAGAGAUUGAGUGGGACUGUGGUGGAGAGAAAUGGCGGAAACCGAAGAAGGGAGUGGCGUCGGCGACUGGAGAUGUCUGAUUUCAAGCCCUAGGAACAGUCUCUUCUCUUCUUUCCUUUCCGACGGCUUCCCUUCUUGCAAGCCCUUCUCUCAGCUCCUCAAUGGUCCCGAUCUCUCUGCCGCUGCCUCUAUCAAUCCUGAGAAGAUAUCUGAUGUGGGCGGAUUCGUCGAUGCUGCUGAUGCUGCUGCUGCUAGGAGUGAAGAGGAUUUCUGUGAUUGGAACCCUUCAGGGCCGACAGCUAGGAAUGGAGGAAGCGGAGUGAGUAUUGCCGAGAGAAGGGCUGCGAGGUGUGGUUUUAAUGCGCCGAGGAUCAAUACUGCUCGGUAUCGGUCUGUCAGCCCUUUGUCUUCUCCGGCUGUUCGUUCGCCGUAUCUCACGAUACCGCCUGGUCUAAGCCCCACUGCAUUGCUGGAUUCUCCGGUCAUGCUUCCAAAUUCACAGGCACUACCAUCUCCAACAACUGGCACUUAUCCAUUGCCAUCCUUUGGUCAAGAUAGUCUAAUUCCAAUUUCGGUGUCUACUGGUAUAGAGAAUGAAAAAUCAGAAGAUAGUGAUUCCUCCUUCAUGUUCAAGCCUCACAUGAAGCCUAUUACAAUGCCCUGCCUUUCUAAUGUGGAAAACCAGGUUCCUCCUGCUGCCAAUCAGGCACAACAUCUUGCAGUGGCUGAUAUCAAACAUCAAAAUCUGGUUCAGGUGCAGCCACAAUUGGAUUUCGAGUGUGAGGCAGGGUUUCUCAAACAAGCGACGAUAACAAACUACACUACUGAUUCCCCAUCUGAUAUGGAGGGUUCCAGUAAUAUGAUUGUGAAGGUGAACAACAUGCCUUUGCAAACUCGCACUCCUAGUGCUGCUAGUGAUCAUGCACUGCAGCCUGAGGAGCUGCCUCUUGGAGAAGAUGCAUGUUCGCAGCAACUUUUAGAAGAAGAUCAGAAAGGGUCAUUUCCUGCCAUGGGGAUGGGAAGGCCAUCUGAAGAUGGAUACAAUUGGAGGAAGUAUGGUCAGAAACAGGUAAAAGGUAGUGAGUAUCCUCGAAGCUACUACAAAUGUACUCAUCCAAACUGUCAGGUGAAGAAAAAGGUGGAACGUUCCCAUGAUGGGCAAAUAACAGAAAUUAUUUAUAAGGGUGCUCAUAAUCAUCCGAAACCGCAGCCUAGUCGUCGCUCAGCAAUUGGAUCUGCAUUUCAACUCAGUGAGACGUCAGAGAUGCUUGAGGGUCACGGAUCAUAUGUCAAAGUUGAAGGGGGGUCAGUUUGGAGAUGCAUUCAACCUGGAUCUAAAGAUAAAAUCAGCCCGGAAGGAAGGGCUGAUGGUUUGGAGAGGACAUCAUCUACAUCGGUUGUUACUGAGCUUUCAGAUCCAUUGUCCACCGCCCAGGGGAAACACUUGAGCAUGCUUGAAUCAGCAGAUACUCCUCCAGAGCUUUCAUCUACACUAGCUAGUCAUGACGAUGAUGAAGAUAUGGUCACACAGGGAAGCAUAUCACUUGGUGAUGAUGCUGAAGACAAGGAAUCCGAGUCAAAAAGAAGGAAGAAAGAGAACUGUUUAAUCGAAGCAAGUUUAGCAUCCAGAGCUGUCCGUGAACCAAGAGUAGUCGUUCAAACAGACAGUGAAGUGGACAUUCUUGAUGAUGGAUAUCGCUGGCGCAAGUAUGGGCAAAAAGUGGUCAAAGGGAAUCCAAACCCUAGGAGCUACUACAAAUGCACACAUGCUGGAUGUACAGUGAGGAAGCAUGUUGAAAGAGCGUCACAUGAUCUCAAGUCUGUGAUUACAACUUAUGAAGGAAAACACAACCAUGAAGUACCUGCAGCAAGAAACAGUAGCCACAUCAACUCGGGUGGUGGGAACGUACAACCUGCAAGCGCCCAGACCACUGUGGCAUUAUCAGGAACUGCCAAUAUCCCCAAGCCUGAACCCCAAGUUCAAGAUAUUGCCCCUCGUUUUGAGAGAAAACCUGAACUCAGCAGUGAGUACUUGAAACCGGGCUAUAUAGGGAGGUUUACUGCCGAUAUAAAGCUUGGGCCUUCUGCCUGUUAUGAGAUGAAGCUGCCAUCCUUACAGCCUAUACCUUUUAGCUCCUUUGGACACAAUGAUAUUCAUCAAGCUUCUUCAGUUCCCCAGGUUGUCCCAGACUUUCCGCUUGCAUUUCCUAUGAACCUCCACCGGCCUGCAAACCUUGCGUUGGCUGGCUUUGAAUUCAAUCAUGGGAAAUCCAUGGGGGCAGCUCUGCCUUUCUUUGGGCAGCAGCCUAAAGAUGGAGAUAUGGGAUUUGUCAGGCCUAAACAGGAGCAGAAGGACGAGGCAUCAUAUGAGGCCCGCUUCCCCAUCAACCAUCUUGCAAAUUCAUCUCCGCCGAUAUAUUCUCAAAUCAUGGGAGGAUUUCCAAUGUAAAAUUUUGUUUGCUCCCUGAACUGAGCCACUCCCGUCCUAACAGAAGGGCUCCGCAUGUUUGUUCAGAAAUACAACAGAUGCUCACUGAAUGCCGUUCCAUUGUUGUGAUGAUAAAAAGCUUCUCAUCUGUUACUCAUAUAGAUACAAUGUCUGUAAUUAUUAGUAUUGUUAUUCACUAGGGAAAUGAUUCACUGCAGAACCCUUUUUUCUAAGCUUAUCAGGCACUCCACCUGCACACAUGGCAUGCAUGUUCGGCGUCCGAUCUGUCAUUCUUUGGGUCCACCAUGGAUGGGUAAUUAACAUAAAAAAAUCAUAAUGUUAUGAUUUCUCAUUGAA